GCAAGACAAAACCAUUAACCAAAAGGUUCUUGUUCUUCAACUUUGACUGGAUACCUAGAGAGAGCUUCCAGGCCUAUUUUACAAGAGUAUUUGAAAACAUAUUGAUCUUGGCCUGGGAUUUGAGGAAGAAAGGGAAAUGAAACAAGAAAGGAACUUACCAGCCGUUCCUCAUGGCUUGGUGGCAGCGAAUUCCCCGGCAGUGUCACCGUUGUCAAUCCCAAAUUCUCCGGCACAGCCAUUAUUUCGGUCACCGUUGUCAAUCCCGAAUUCUCCGGCACAGCCAUUAUUUCAAACACCAACACCCUCACCCUAUUCGUUCUCAGUAGCUUCCACAAGAUUGGCCACAAGACCACCUGAACAUCUUUUCAAUCUUCUCCUUAGGUCACUGGCAGUGCUGUUAUCCUUCGUCGCCGCCAUCUCUCUGGCUGCUCCAUCUUCUAGAAGGGGGAAAGGCACAGAGAUAUUUUAUUAUCAUACAGAAUUGCUAUACAGCUUUGUUGUAUACGUAUUGACUUUCUUCUACUCCGCGUUUCAACUAUUCAAAGGUGUUUGUGACAUUGGUUACAGAGGCAUUUUAAUCUCAGACAAGACCUCAGACUACACAAGUUUCAUUUUCGACCAGUUGGCAGCUUACCUUGUUAUAUCCUCCUCCUCUGUUGCUGCAAUAGCAAUUCAGCAUAUGAGAACCAAUGCACCACUCUGGAAGGCAUCAAGAAUUGCUGUUGGCAUGUCAUUUCCCACUUUUGUUGUCAUUGCAAUUUCUGCUCUGUUAUCAGGAUACAAGCUCUGUAAAAGGAUCAUAUGGUAAUCCUUUACUACGACAAAGCAAAAUCUUACUUCAAGAUGCAUCUAUAUCAUCAGCAAACUGUAAGUUCUUCCCAAGAGUUGUAAUAGAGAUAAAAAUUGGAAAUUGUAUAAUUCCACAAAUUUUCGUAUGGACGAGUUUAUAUUCAGAAGGAUACCAGAACAGAGAUCUCACCCAUCAAUAAGAAUAUCCAUAGACUAGCCAACAAAAUAUUCAACUGCUGAAGUUAAGAUUCUAGCAAAAUGAAGUUGUUCGAUUGCUUUCAUACAAUGUCUUACAAAUUCAA